AUGCCGCUGGGUUCCAGGCUGACACUUCUCUGUGCCUAUGGAGGUCUGGGUGUACAGCAGUUCUUGAGUCAAACACUUUCCCGGGGAUCUGGCUCUCUCACCAGAGAGGAAGUAGUCACAGGCUGGACCUGUGUCUCUCUCAUCUUGUAUCCACACCAGCCCAGCACCUUUCUUGCAGGAAGUAGUCAAUCAGUGAUUAAAUCAGUCAUCGGGGACACCAGGUAUGUGCAUGCUACAUCACUUCAGUUCUGUCUGAUUCUCUGUGACCCUAUGGCCUGUAGCCUGCCAGGCUCCUCUGUCCAUGAGAUUCUCCAGGCAAGAAUACUGGAGUGGGUGGCCAUUUCCUCCUCCAGAGGAUCUUCCCGACCCAGGGACCAAACCAAGUCUCCUGCAGCUGCUGCAUUGCACUCGGAUUCUUUAGCACUGAACCACCAGGGAAGCCCACUCAGAAACUGA